AUUAUUACUUCACGUGCCUGAGGUAAUAAAACGUAUCUCUGUUUUAUUAUGACGACUAAAUAGAAUUCUGUCGAUCCAUGACACGGUUCUAUUCGUUGCAGAAAUCUAUUGAAAAGCGCCGAUAAAACAAAAAUGCAUAUUACAGCGAAAGGCAGGACAGUAUGCAGGUAAAGGAUACAGAGAAGGCAAAGAUGCUGACUCUGCAAGAGCAGCGAAUCCGCAUACAGCAAUUAGAGCGGCAGACCCAGGCAGAGUACAGUGCUGCAAAGGAGAUCUUAGAGAAUGAUCAGAAAUCUCCACAAGGUGGAAGCACCCUGGGCAGGUCACUGCCCAAGCCUGGACCAUCAAUGGAGAGCAUUGUGGAGCGGGAGAAGCGUCGACAGUGUACUCUGACAGAGCAGCACAACAGGCUGCAGUGUGCUGUCAGGGCCAAGGAGUCACAGCUGCUGGAGAUGGAGCCGGACAUGAAGGUCCUGGAGCUGGACUCCAUAGCGGAUGAUGACGAGCAGCACUACGACCAGCGUGUGAGACAGCUGGAGAACAGCCUAGAAAAGAUGACCAUCAAAAUCACAGAGGCUGAGAGGAUCCAAAAAACCUACCUGCGAGUCUGCGACCACCUACAUCGGGAGGUGUGUGAGAUGCCCAUGGCUCUGGAUCAGCUGCAGAACUCAGUGGUCAGCGGGCAGACAGAGCUAGGAAAGGUGGCCCACAUGUCUCACACUGCAGUGGCUGCUGUGGACUGCACUAAGAGUCAGCUGGUUCAUAUGGAGAGGCAGCUAAUGGUGGAACGCAGAAUGAUGGAGAAAGGGUUGACUGAAAGGAGGGGAGUGAAAGAGAAGGAGGUGGAGAGUCGGCUGGAGAGAGAGAGGGAGGGAGAGCGACGGAGCAGCAGAGUAGCACAGAAAUUGAAAGAGCAGGGUCGGAGAGGGUCGUCUGCCAGAGAGGGACUGGCUGAAGAUACAGCUCCUAUCAGAGCCCAGCAGACGGCCGCAGCCUCCAUUACUCCACAGUCCAUCUUCAAACUGGUGGAGGAUAUUGAUGCUCUGAGAGAAGCGCUCAGUUGCACUGAUCUGCAGGAGCUGGAGACACGGCUGGUCUCUCAGCAGGCCACCAGAGAGCAGCUGCACACUCAGAUGACCCAGUGUGAGGAGCUGGUCAGUCAGAGCAUGGAGACCCUGGCUGCCCUGGAGCUCCAGUACGCGCGACUCAAGUUCAGCGCCGGGCCCGGCUCUGACAGGUUUGAGCAGCUGAAGGAGGAAAUGCAGGUGGAGCUUGAGCAGGAAGAGGAGCGUUGCAGCCAAUGGGAAGCCAAGCUGGGCAGGGCCCAAUCCGUGCUGCAUGGGGUAGAGCAGGGGGUCAACAACUUGUUCUUCAGGAUUAGCUGUGUGCAUGUCAAGGACUCUCCCAAGGAGUUGGGGGAUCUGGAUGCCACAGAGAAGCUGAGGGAAAUUGGUGUCCGUCUGCCCACACUGCAGACCACAGCUUCAGAGAAGAUUGAGGAAAACACUGCUGACCAUGAGAAGGUGUGGAGCUUUCUGGAGCAGAGCACCAUGAUGGAGCCCAGGAACUUCAAGAGGGCCAGCAGCCCUGUGUACAACAGUGCCUCAGAAGACACAUUCCAGUUCCGCAGUCUGGAGGAGGACUGCUCCCUGACCCGUGAGGAGAUCAAGCGUCGCAGCAUCCAGCUGAUCGAGGCCCACCAGCCAAAGAAGAAAGCCCAGAGGGGCACCAAGAAGAGCUAGAGACACGUUUCAGAGAGAAGGAACAGACAGCCUGACAGCUGUGGCCCUCUUCAUCCUACAGCGAGUAAGGCUGAGGAAAUAAUAAACAGACUCAUAGUAUGAUUUUA